AUGGGGGAACGAUGCUUUACCACUGCUAUCGAUGGAUUCUUCCAGCAGCUUGCCGAAGUCGAAAGAGGAGGGAACUGCCUUGCGAUUCCACCACAGAAAAUUGCUCCACACUUUGCCAAGAAUUUUAAAGAAGAAUUGUGGCUUUUCCCCGAUGGUUGCGAGCGGUUUCCUGAACGUAACCAACCAGCGGUUGUGGAUGAGGCCUCACUGAGAUUUCUCGUUUCCCAAGGAUUCCCUAGACCUGUGUAG